AUGCCACCUAGACAACAUUAUGAAUCAGGUGAAAUUCCUGAAUAUGAUGACUAUAGUUACGAUGAUGAUUCUGUUUCUGGUUCUAGCAAUUUUAACCAAGAACAUAAUACCAGUAACAUUGAGGGUGAUGAAAGCGAUGAUGAUAUGCGAAGUGAUAAAAGUGGUGAUGAAAAUGUACAAAGUGAUGAAAGCGAUCAAGAAAAUGAAAUUAAUGAAAUGGACAAUACUUGUCCUAAAGAACCUAAUAACAAAAAUACAAAAGAUGCAGUUAAUGACCCUAUCAGGGAAAUUUUUAAUUCGAAUGGUUCAGCUAAACGACAGAAUUCAUUUGUCAAAGGUAAAAAGACUAAAAAACAUUCACAGCAAGUUCUCGAGCAGUGA